AUGCUCACCUACCUCGAGUUCAACGGCUGGCUGUGGGAGCUGCCCGACGGCUUCCGCGUCCUCGUCGACCCCAUCCUCGUCGGCAACCUCAACUUCGGCAUCCCCUGGCUCUUCGACGCCACCAAGAAGAGCCUCCCCAAGUCCCAGCCAAACGCCGGCGUCCUCACCAGCGUCGACCUGCUGCUCAUCACCCAGAGCCUGGACGACCACUGCCACCUCCACACCCUCACCCAGCUGGCCGCCAUCCGCCCCGGCCUCCCCAUCAUUGCCACGCCCAACGCGCGCGCAAUCCUCUCCGCCCUCCCCUUCACCCACGUCACCUACCUCGAGCCCGGCCAGUCCACCACCGCCGCCGCCGUCACCGUGCUCGCCACCGCCGGCCCCGUGCUCGGCCCGCCGUGGCAGCGCCCCGAGAACGGCUACAUCGUCACCACCGCCGCCGCUGGGAAAACAGAAAUUGAACGGGCAGAGGAUGCAGGAGGAAGGGGGAGGGGAAGCAGAGGGGCGGUGGCUAGGUACCUGCCUAUGGACCGGUCGCCGGGGUCGCUGCGGGCGGCGGGACUGGCCGCGCCAGGGCGGGCGGGAGGGAGCGAGGCGCUGCUGGGCGGUGGGGCGGCGGGGGACUCGGCCGGCUGGUGGUGGAGACGCUCCAGUGGCGGCGGCGAGCUGAGAAGCUACGGCACACCGGCACGAGACGACAGAGGUGGGAGCGCCUACUUCGGGCCCUGA